CCAUUUCUCCUUCUCUUCUCUGUUCCCUCUCUCCUUCUCUCUUUCGACUCUCACGACACCUCUUCUUUGAUCACUUCACGCCUCCGACUCAUUGUCCAUGGCUGAGGAGACUCAGAAGCCAGCCGCCGCUCCUGCUCCAGAACCUCCCCCCGCCGAGGAGGUUACCAGUGACAAGCCUGUUGCACAGAAAGAUCCUCCUCCGGCUCCUGAGCCAGAGCCUGAAGCGCCGGAGAAGCCUGCAACUCAACCAGAGGUUGCACCUGCUGAGCCGGAGAAGCCUGCGGAAGAAGAGAAAGAGAAGAUUUCUCAGUCCGUUUCGUUCAAGGAAGAGACUAACGUGGUGUCUGAACUCCCCGAGUCGCAAAAGAAGGCUCUCGAGGAGCUCAAGGUUCUCAUCCAGGAGGCUCUUAAUAAGCACGAGUUCACUCUGCCACCUCCGCCUCCGAAGGAGGAGGAAAAACCAGCUGAGACGCCAGCUGCAGAGGAGAAGAAGGAAGAAGAAGAGAAAAGUACUCCCCCGGCGACUACCGAAGAACCAGCCAAGGCUGAAGAGAAAACCGAGGUGAAGGAAGAAAAUCCCCCGCCGCCGCCCUCGGUGGUUGAGUCUAAGGAGGAAGAAAAGGUUCUGGCUGCGGCACCGGCUGAGCCGGCGGCCCCCGCAGAGGUCGUGGUAGUCACACAAGUGGUUGAGCAUAUGGCCACUGUUGACGAGGACGGAGCCAAGACAGUCGAGGCAAUCGAGGAGACUGUAGUUGCUGUCUCGGCGCCUCCGGCUCCAGCCGAACCGGAAGCUGCUUCGGCUGAGGAGCCUAAAGAGGCAGAAACCCCAGCGCCUCCUCCUCCACCACCGGAGGAGGUAUUCAUAUGGGGAAUCCCGAUUCUCGGAGAUGAGAGGAGCGAUGUGAUCCUUUUGAAAUUCUUGAGAGCCAGAGAUUUCAAGGUGAAGGAUGCAUUCACCAUGAUCAAGAACACCGUGCUCUGGAGGAAAGAGAAAGGGAUCGAUGCUCUGCUCGACGAAGACCUUGGACAUGAAUUAGACAAGGUGGUGUUCAUGCACGGAUUCGACAAGGAAGGCCACCCUGUCUGCUACAACGUCUACGGCGAGUUCCAAAACAAGGAACUCUACCAAAACACCUUCGCCGACGAAGAAAAGAGAGCUAAGUUCUUGAACUGGAGAAUUCAGUUCUUAGAAAAAAGCAUCAGAAAACUCGAUUUUAGUCCUAAUGGAAUCUGCACCAUCGUCCAAGUCAACGAUCUUAAGAAUUCUCCAGGA